CUUCCAACGGCUAGGGGCGCGUCUUUGAGGCCCGCAAUUGCCUUGACAAGAUGAGCGCAGACGGGCCAGACAUUACGGUCGCUGUUGAUCUCGGGACCACAUACACCGGAGUCGCAUGGAUGACCCCGCGAACUCCCAUCCAGGUCAUCAGCGACUGGCCAGGAAGUGGUGACCGCAACGAGCGCAAAGUGCCUACGACAUUGAUCUACCACGGCAGCGGCGUCGUCUCGUCCUGGGGUUUUUUGUGCGCCGACGAUGAGAGUAGCAUGCAGGGCAAGACCAAGCACGAGUUCUUCAAAAUCUUCAUGGAGGCCGAGACGCUCGCCGGCGCCCAGCAACAGGGCCUCUCGGGCGCCCCAGCAUCGACCCUCGAGGCUCAGCGGUUUUGUACGGAUUAUCUCCGUCAAGUCUACCUCCACGUCAAGGAUAGCGUCGAGUCCGAGAUUGGCCGUCGCGACCUUGGAGGGUGGUCCGGGAUGAGAGUCGAGUUCAUCUUCAGCGUGCCCACGACGUGGACGAGCCUCAGCGUGAUCAACACCUUCAAGGACGUCAUCCGCAACGCCGGCUUCGGCGUCGAGGGCCCGCGUCACUCAGCUGAGAUCGACCUUACCGAGGCCGAGGCGGCAGCCGUGGCAACGCUCAAGAUGAGCGCCGUGACCCUGGGCACAGGGUCUGUAUUCCUGACGGUCGACGCCGGUGGCGGUACAACGGACCUGGCUCUGAUGCGAGUGACCUCGGCGAACCAGCAGUUGCCGCAAAUUUCGUCAAUGCAUCCCGUCAGCGGCGUGGGAAUUGGAGCCACGGUCAUAGAUCGGCAAUUCAUCCAUCUAGUCGUUCAAAGAAUGGCAACGUACCCCGAGAUCGCCAUGGCGUUGCCCCCCGACUUUCCCACGCAGCUCUCACGUAGCCACCACUUCAGGACAUUGAAACACAAGUUCGGCGAGCGGGCCUACAUGCAGCCGCUCUUCCGGAUUCCCGUAGAAGGAGUGGCUCACCACUUCAGUCACCCUGGGCUUGGGAUUGAAAAUGGCAGGAUGAUCUUCUCUAUUCACGAGAUUCAAGCACUCUUUGACCAGCAGAUCGAGGGCAUUGCGAAAAAGAUCAUUGAAGAACUCGACUGGCUGAGAGAUAGCGGUUGCCCUGAGCAAGUGCAACACAUGGUGUUAUCCGGCGGUCUCGGAAGCUCGGCCUACGUCCGCGACCAAUUACAGCAGCGCUUCGCCGACUUUCCGCACCCCAACGCCAGCAGGGUUGAAGUGAUUCGGUGUAGCGACCCGCAGCUGGUAGUCGUACGCGGCCUCCUGCUCGACCACCAGCAGAAGGCUCAAACAGGCGGCACAGCAUCCGUGCUCGCGGCGCGCGUCGCGCGCGCCAGCUACGGCAUCAUAGUCAAACACCCCUACUCCCCCGUGCUUCAUUUCAAUGAGGAAAUCGUCACAGAUCGGUACGAGACCGACAAGAAGUGGGCUGUGAAUCAGAUCGAGUGGUUGAUCAGAAAGGGCGACGUGAUUUACCCCAACGCCCCCCUGGCCAAAUUGUUCCAGAUCCGUCUUGCCGCCGGAGAGUUGACGAGAGCGUUUGAUACCAGAGUUGUCGUGUCACAGAGCGAGCCAUCCUUCCUGCCUAGGAGUAUGAAGCAAGCCGGUGCAACCAAGAUAUGUGACGUCCGCAGCAAUCUUGAUGGCGUCAGUCAGGAACAACUGAUUCUCAAGCACAAACGUGGAACAUGUUUCUCUCGCGGAUACACGUUCUACAUAUGCGAGUUUGAGAUCAGGGUCAUCGUGGCUCCUGCUGACUUGCGAUUUGAGCUGUGGUUUGCGGGGCAGAAGUUUUCGGGCAAUCACGAGCCAAUUUCUGUCACUUGGGAUGACGAAGGGACAAAGGUCAAGGGUUGAUUUGAAUGUAAUUACGGAUCCGUAUUUCCAGGACUUCCCACAAAAGGACGCGACAUAUAAAGACGGUGUAACCUGGAAAUACACUAAUAUGUUGAUGAAAU